CAAUCGGACAACAUUGGGAAGUGACCGCCGAUGUUGUUGUCGCUGACUCUCUCUUCGUUCUAUCAUCACUCCCGCUGUUCUUCUUCUUCUUCUAUCUGCACCGCCUUUUCUCUUCUCCGCCUCUCUCUCCUUCGCCGCACCAUGGCAACAUCGGCCACCGAGCCCGCAAGCCCAUCAAAUACUCGUGUGGGCUGGAUCGGCACAGGAGUCAUGGGCCGCUCUAUGUGCGGCCAUCUCAUCAAGGCCGGAUACACUGUCACUGUCUUUAAUCGUACUCUCUCCAAGGCCUAUCCUCUCGUCAAUCUAGGGGCCAAACUCGCCGACUCUCCUCACGCCGUUGCCUCCCAAUCGGACGUCAUUUUCUCUAUCGUCGGCUUCCCCUCCGACGUCCGAUCGGUUCUGGUCGAUCCCACAUAUGGCGCCCUCUCUGCCCUCCGCCCCGGAGGCGUCCUUGUCGACAUGACAACUUCGGACCCUUCCCUCGCCGUCGAGAUCGCCGCGGCUGCCUCCGCCAAGGGCUGCUCUGCGAUUGACGCCCCUGUCUCUGGCGGCGAUCGGGGUGCCCAGAACGGGACUUUGGCUAUUUUCACCGGCGGCGAUGAGGAGGUUGUUCACCGUCUAAAUCCCCUAUUUGCCCUCAUGGGGAAGGUAAAUUACAUGGGCGGCCCAGGCAAGGGUCAAUAUGCAAAGCUAGCUAAUCAAAUCACCAUAGCAUCUACCAUGGUUGGCUUAGUAGAGGGAAUUGUGUAUGCUUUCAAGGCUGGGCUAGAUGUGGGUUUGUAUCUGGAUGCGAUAUCUACUGGUGCUGCUGGUUCGAAAUCGCUAGAUUUGUAUGGGAGUAGGAUAAUGAGGAGGGAUUUUGACCCGGGGUUCUUCGUCAAUCAUUUUGUGAAGGAUUUGGGGAUUUGUUUGAAGGAAUGUCAAAGCAUGGGGCUUGCUUUGCCAGGCUUGGCACUUGCGCAACAGCUUUAUGUUUCACUUAAGGCUCAUGGGGAGGGGAAUUUGGGUACACAAGCUCUGAUUUUAGCUCUGGAGAGGCUUAACAAUGUUUCCCUUGGAGUGCUGUCUACUUCAACUUAGACUGGUAAUCGUGUGUUUUAUAUGGAACAUUGAAGAUUGUAUUCUUGUGUGUGGACAUAUGGAUGAUCCGGUUGUAUAUUAAACAUAAUGCUCUUGGUCUUUCUGUUCUUUUGCCUUUCAGAUUUGGUAAUGGUUCCUGCAACGUUCUUGCUUCUAGAUAUUCUGUGGGGGUGAAACUUGGUUUUAUGUAUGUGUGUUUUACUGGUUUUUGUAUGAUGCAUAAAUGAGUCAUGUUUUACUA